UCACCCGUGUCAGGUGACUUCCGUUAUAGAGCGACGGACAUUGCGUUUCCCUUCCCUUCUGUGUUACAGGCGGGAUUUUGUCGUUGUUUCUGAUUUGAGUUCUCGAUAAUUGUGACUUGUAGUGUAACUGUUGCUCACAUAUCCACACGAAUUUCCUCAAGUUUACUUUCCAAAUCAAGUUCAAAGAGAACGAGGGCCUAUUUCCCCUCAAGACAACCAUGAAGCUAACGGACAAUGUGCUACGGAGCUUCAGGGUUGCUAAAGUAUUUCGUGAGAACUCAGACAAAAUUAAUUGCUUCGAUUUCAGUUCGAACGGAGAAACUAUUAUUUCCAGCAGCGACGAUGACUCUAUAGUGUUGUACGACUGCCAGGAAGGAAAGCCCAAGAGGACUCUGUAUAGUAAAAAGUAUGGAGUAGAUCUGAUCAGGUACACACAUGCUGCAAACACUGUGGUCUACAGUUCCAACAAAAUUGAUGACACCAUCAGGUACCUGUCUCUUCAUGACAACAAAUACAUCCGCUAUUUUCCUGGACACAACAAGAGGGUGACUUCUCUCUCCAUGUCUCCUGUGGAUGACACAUUUAUUUCUGGCUCAUUAGAUAAAACCAUCCGACUGUGGGAUCUGCGGUCGCCUAACUGCCAAGGACUGAUGCACCUGCAGGGAAAGCCGGUGUGCUCUUUUGAUCCAGAGGGUCUCAUUUUUGCUGCAGGAAUAAAUUCAGAAAUGGUUAAACUCUAUGAUCUGCGGUCAUUUGAUAAAGGUCCGUUUGCAACCUUCAAGCUUCAGUAUGAUCGAACCUGCGAGUGGACGGGACUCAAGUUCAGCAACGAUGGAAAACUCAUUCUUCUCGCCACCAACGGCGGCGCCCUUCGCAUCUUGGAUGCAUUUAAAGGAGUUGUGCUUCAUUCCUUCGGGGGUUACAACAACAGUAAAGGUGUCAUACUGGAGGCUUCUUUCACUCCUGAUUCUCAGUUUGUGAUGAUUGGCUCUGAGGAUGGAAAGAUCCAUGUGUGGAAUGCCGAAAGUGGGAUGAAGGUGGCUUUGUUAGACGGGAAACACACUGGCCCCAUCACCUGUCUGCAGUUCAAUCCUAAAUUCAUGACGUUUGCUAGUGCUUGUUCAAACAUGGCCUUCUGGCUCCCCACCAUCGAUCACUGAGGAUCAGUGGGCGCAGAUGCAGCAGCUGACCAGCAGGAGUCAGCACCACCACCAACCUGUAAAAUAAGUUAAUGUGUUGUAAAUAUGUUUUUUUUUAUGUCUUCAUUUGUUUGUCUUUUUUAAAUUCAUAUUUAACAAUAAAUUGUUUUCUGUUAAA